UCUGUGUGCCAGAGACGGAAGCCAUAUUGGAUAUUUAAUUACUUAUUUAACAAUUAAGAAACUAGUAAAGAAAUAGUUGAGCCCAGUACAAACGGGUACAAAUCUAAUACGAACGAUAGAAUUAGUUCAUUUUGCGAAAGGCAAUAUCGAUAAACGUCCAUCAGCACCGAGGGUAUUGCAGAAACCUACCCUAUUGACCGAGCACCACAGCCCUGACCAUCCCCAAAAUUUGAGGUUAAGGCAGUUGUUUUUGUGGACUGAAUCUCCACUACACGUGUUGUCCAGUCAAAAAUGACUGAUCAAAGUGAUUCAGAAAUUCCAGAGACAGUUGAAGUCGACGAGGACAAGGAAGUAACGUGGAAGGACCUGGGAAUCGUCGACUCGUUAUGUCAAGCAUGUGAGGAUCUCAAGUGGAAAUCUCCUACUAAAAUCCAGAGAGAAGCCAUCCCCCUAACUCUCCAAGGUAAAGAUGUGAUUGGAUUAGCUGAAACAGGUUCUGGUAAGACUGCAGCCUUCGCCCUGCCAAUUCUUCAGGCCCUUCUGGAGAAUCCCCAGAGGUACUUCGCCCUGAUCCUGACACCAACCAGAGAAUUGGCCUUCCAGAUAUCAGAGCAGUUCGAAGCACUGGGAUCCACGAUUGGAGUGAAAUGUGCGGUUAUCGUGGGUGGAAUGGACAUGAUGUCCCAAGCCCUGAUCCUCGCGAAAAAGCCCCACAUUCUCAUAGCCACCCCAGGACGAUUGGUGGAUCACCUGGAGAAUACAAAGGGCUUCAACCUGCGUUCCCUUAAAUUUCUUGUCAUGGACGAGGCAGACAGAAUUCUCAACAUGGAUUUUGAGGUUGAAGUUGAUAAAAUAUUGCGUGUGAUACCUCGUGAACGUAGGACACUCCUCUUCUCAGCGACGAUGACGAAGAAGGUCCAGAAAUUGCAGAGGGCAUCGCUGAAGAAUCCUGUGAAGGUCGAAGUGUCAACGAAAUAUCAAACUGUGGAGAAACUUCAGCAAUACUACAUUUUCAUCCCCACGAAAUUCAAAGACGUAUAUCUGGUCCACAUCCUCAACGAGCUCGCAGGCAACAGUUUCAUGAUUUUCUGUGGUACCUGUAAUAAUACAAUGCGUACAGCACUACUGCUUCGUAAUCUGGGCUUCAUGGCUGUUCCUCUGCACGGCCAGAUGACCCAGAACAAAAGACUGGCUGCACUGACAAAAUUCAAGGCGAAAAACAGAUCCAUCCUCAUUUCCACUGACGUUGCCAGCAGAGGUCUGGAUAUCCCCCACGUAGACGUGGUGAUAAAUUUUGAUAUUCCGACACACAGUAAGGACUACAUUCACAGAGUUGGAAGAACUGCACGUGCCGGACGUUCUGGGCGUUCCAUAACAUUCGUAACUCAAUACGAUGUUGAAUUGUAUCAGAGAAUUGAACAAUUAAUAUCGAAAACUCUCCCGCGUUACAACACUGAGGAGGAAGAGGUGAUGGUACUUCAGGAGAGGGUUUCAGAGGCUCAAAGGAUAGUUAAAAUGGAGAUGAAGGAUAUGGAAGAUGCAAAAAAAACAGGAAAACGUAAGAAAGGACAGAAUGUCGACGACGAGGAUGACACAGAACAAUCAUCUGGUGUACGUAAACGUGUAAAAUCUAAAUUUAAGGGUAAACGUAAAUAAUAAUAUUAAAAAAAAAUAAAAAUAUCACAAAAUGAAGUUAGAAAAAAAUAAUAAAACAUGAAAAUUACGUUUACAUUUUAAAUAAACGCCGGUCGAGGGCUCUUAAGUAUUUUUAUGUACACGAGAAUGACAGUAAGAAAAUAAGUCAAAAAUAACUGCUCAUGAAAUAUUUAAAUUCUAAGAAUUUUACUUUACAUUUGUUUUUUUUUUUUCAAUUUGUUCAGGUGGAAAAUAAAUGUUUUUUUGCUUUUUUUCUGAGAAAUAAAAUGAUGUGUAUAUUCCAUAAUAAUAUUAUCAACUAUUUCUACACAUUCUGUACAGUAAAUUUCAUUGUUUUUUCAUCAAUUGAAAGGAUUUAAUUAAACUUUAUACAAAAAGGCUA